AUGCUCUUGAGUUGCCCGCUCACGCAGGGCAACGCUCUCUACAUGACAUGGCAGCGAAAGAUCUUACUUGGGCACCCUGAGCCCGGCUUUGCCAACCGGAGUGACAGGGGUGAGAGAGCGCACAUGAGCCGGGCGAGAGUGCAUGACGUAUGGGAGGCCGGGCAAUGGGUAACGGGUCUCAUGCUCUGGAACGAGGAUAAUGUUGUGGAAAUGACCAACAAUGUGCUCUUCCCCGAUCGCCAUGAUUUCGACAUGAUGAACUGA